GAAUGGGUUUCUCGCGAUACAGUUGUUGGUACAACGCUUUAUUGCUUCGCGACACGAAGCUGUUACUGAGACUAUCGAGAUUCCUGGUGCUGAUAUCAACAACGAGGAUAAGACGGUUUUUAAACGAGUUUUGUCGGUGCCUUUUCCAGUGGAGCCGUAUUGGUCCUCGGAUGGUAUCGAUUUG